ACAUUGUCAAUUAACUUAGCCACACAAUAUUUGCAUAUAAUAAGAAAUUUCAAUGUGUGUUAGAAAAUAAGUGAACAAAGGAAUUAUAAUCAAUUUCCAAUGUGUCAAGAGAGAAUUAACUGUUCCAGUGCAUACAAAAGUGGGUUAAUUGACAAAACAAGACAAAAAUGGGAGCACAUGUGUUGAAAAGUUUGCUUUUCACAGUCCACUGGUUUUCCUAUACUUGUGUUAUCAUCUAUUAAUAUUCAUGGACACAUCCUAGGCUCAAUUUACAGGUGUUAACUUUCAUUAUUUUAAGACUAGUGAUUGUGUUGCUACUUUAGUGGUGGAAAGGAAUUGUUCUUUCAGUGGAUUUUAAAUUAACCUUUGCUCACAGUUGGCACUAAAACAUAAUCUGAUAUUACACUGUUUUUUUAACAGUUUGAGUCUAGACUUUAAAAGUUAAACGUUAUUGUACCACAGUGUUUGAAUUUUAUCAGUUUUAACUCUUCCUUUACAAAUUGCGAUGAAUUUUUGCUUGGUUGGAGAUAUAUUUCAUUUUCUCUCUUUUCUCGGAUAAUGACAACAAAUUAUUGUGUAAACAUAGGAUUUUUUAGUGGGUGAAAAUUGGAUAACAAUGGCAUCCCCACUGGGUGACAGGGUGACAUUUGCUCGCUCAUCUUUACGAAGAUCAAAGAGGCGUCAACACACAGGCUUUGGACAAAAUAUUAGACAACAACUUUCCGAACAAUUAAAAUGUCUCGAGUCUCGGCUAGAAUCUCAGAUGGCCAUGGUUCAAGAGGUGCAGGAAUUUUACCGCCGGAAAGCCGACCUGGAGGCAGAAUACUCCAGAAACUUGGAAAAACUCGUAAAAAGUACCUGGGCUAAACAUAAACAAGAAAAACAAAAACGAGAACAUUGGGACAAAUUCAGCACUUUCAAUUGUUGGUCACAAUUAUUGGAAAUAACACGUAAACAGAGUCAUGACCAUGGAAUACUCGCAGAAAUUUGCGGCUCCCAUGUGUUCAACCGAUUAUCAGAGAUACAAGAAAACUCUCAACGAAUAUUUAAAAAGUGUAGAGAGAUAGGGUCAGAAAGCCAUGAAGAUAUGCUCAAAAUUCUGUAUGAACUACAAAAGAAAAAUUCUUACAGUUCAUUCUUUAACAUGUUUUCUGUACUUGUCUAUUUUUAUUUUUUACAGAAACAAGAUAAAUACUCCGUGAACAAAUUAAAAGCAUUGCAUGCUAGGAAUGAAUAUUUGUUGAAUAUAGAGGUCGCCAAUGCAGCUAUAAAUAAAUACUUCUCAGACGAUGUCUCUGAUUUAAUGGAUGUUCGACAAAUCAGUGCUCAGAAACCCGUACAGGAUCAGUUAUUACAGAGUUAUAAAUCCUCACAGAAAGUUCUAGAACAGCUCAAACUGGAUAAUGAUGAGACAUGGAAAUCCCUUGAGGCUACAGAGAAGUCCCUUACAGAAUUGAUUAAUAGGAAAGAUAUAGAUGUAACCAGUUUGUUUACCGACGAAAACACGCCACCUAGGUCUCCACAUGAGAGCGACAAGAAACGAGCACAGAGGCUCGAGACAGAAGGAUAUUAUCUACAUAAAUUUAGGUCAUAUACAUUGAGUAACAAUCGUAUAGCCAGGUUACAGGCCAAGUAUAGUGCCAUACAGAAGGCUUUAGGUGAAGAUAUGUCAUCAUCUGGUGUUAGAAUCAGAAAAGGCUCGGAACAACGAGUUUUGUUCGAGCUUUGUGCAAGACUACACCUUCACAGACCCCCAUCUCUACCUCCAAAACCAAAGAAAAGGAGGAUCGGUAGAAACCCUCAAAUAGGUCAACCAAAACUUUUUGGUGGCAACCUUGAAGAGUAUAUAGAGGCAACCGGACAUGAGAUACCCACGGUGAUCAAGAGUUGUAUACGAGUGUUAAAUCUUUAUGGCAUGCACCAUCAGGGUAUUUUCCGAAUUCCCGGCUCACAGGUCGAAAUCAAUGACCUUAAGAAUGCAUUUGAAAAAGGUGACGACCCAUUAGCCGAUGAAGAGGAUGCCUGUGAGAAGAUAAACUCCGCAGCAGGCGUGCUAAAAAUGUUUUUCCGCGAGCUUAAACCGCCAUUGUUUCCUCUACCAUUAUUUGAUGAGCUUAUAGCCUGCAGUAUGCUAGAUGAACAAGCUAAGAUUGACAAGAUAAAAGAAUUGUUGCUGUCAUUACCACGACCUAUUAUUAUAGUGAUGCGAUACCUCUUCUCAUUCCUUAAUCAUUUAUCUGAGUAUUCUGAUGAGAACAUGAUGGACCCGUAUAAUCUUGCCAUAUGUUUUGGGCCCACGUUGAUCCCAAUACCUCCAGACAGGGACCAGGUCACGUUCCAGACCAACGUUAAUGAAGUCAUUAAAACUAUCAUUCGUAACCAGGAUGAAAUAUUCCCUAACGACGCGGGAGAGGUGUAUGAGAAAUGUAUAGUGGAUAUGGGACAAGAUUCGUUAGAUGGAAUGGAGGAUGAGGAAGGAGAAAGUUCAAUGCAGAGUGAUGAUGAUGAUGAAGAUACCGAAGUAUACGAGGCAACUGCACUCUAUGACUUUAGAGGUCGAACAGAAAGAGAACUGUCAUUUAAGAAGGGAGAUAAUCUAGUUCUGUAUACAAAGGCAUCAACGGAGUGGUGGGAAGGGGCAUUUGCUGGAAAGGAAGGUCUUAUUCCGACGAAUUAUGUUGCCAUAAAGCAUCAACCGGAGGACAAGAAAAGUAUUUCAUCUGAAGACACAAAGAGUACUUCUUCAUCCUCCUUGCUUUCACUCACAUCGAAAUCCACAGACCAUUUGUCGACACAAUCAGCACCGUGCUUGAAGCCUCCCAUCCUCGAGACGGAGAUAAAAGAUUCUGAAAAUGAGAAGCAUGAACAAACUAUUAUUGUCGGUAAUGUCACAAGCACUGGUCAUGUUAUGAGCCAGUCAAUGUACACGGAAAGUACUCGCAUAUCUGAUAGUCGAUCAAGUGUCAGAAGCGACACGGGGCCGAGAUCAAAUCUUGGCCAAGGUGUUGAAAUUUUGAAACGGCAAGUGUCGAGUCCUGACCGACAGACUGAGUCAUCAAAUCGCUCAAGUGCAACUGACGAUAUAACAAGUAUGGAUACAGUUUUGGCCGAGAUUAUGUCAGAUGUAAGGUCGUUGGAACUACAACAAUCAUCUGAUAAAAGGAUGAGUUUACCUGUACAGAAGUCGAAAGCGGCUUCGAAACAUACUCCAGAUUUGGUGCUCGAUCUCCCUGAGGGGUCAAAUUCUUCUUCACCACAAGAUGGGAGUGAUAGAGACAGCCCAAUUAGUGCUGCAGAAACAUUUGCGAAAUCAAAUCAAGGUACAUUGAAGAAAGCGUCAUCAAUGCCACGGAAUAUUUCAAGUUCCGAGGUAUACUCGAGUGACAUUCAGAGGACUUCAGAUUCAAAUCUUAUUAAAACAGCUCCCAUGAUGUCAACAUUUCAAAACUUCAAAAAAGAGGAAAUUAUGUCAACAUCUGUUCCAUCAACGGGCCGGAAGUUUAGCUUAGAGGAGCAUCAUAUAAAAUCAAUGCAGACUCCUCACAUGCAUUCAUUUUCUCCCCCAAUUGCGGAAAAACCUAAACCUCCAAUUAAAGCAAAACCUCCGGUCAUGAAGAAACCGACAACUAGGUCACCGGAUCUCUCAAGAAGAUUAGAAACCGACUUGGACAAUGUUCCAGCAAAAUCCUCGUCCCCGUCAAGUUUUAAGUAAACUUUGAAAGUUUACUGCGUUCUUUAGUAAUGUUCAGUUCAGCAUUUAUUUAUGUUAGAAGCAUUUUCUUAUUCAGAUGCAUAAUAGAAUUUUUUCUCCCGUUAUUUUAGUGAAAAUGUGUCUUAAUUUUGUUUUCUAAAAUUAAAAGCUAUGAGGUACAGAUUUUUGAAUUAAGACUUUAAUAAGCAAGCACUCGAUAA